CAGUCCUGCUGCCCUAGCCUGUUUUCAUUAUGUGCUAGAAUUAUCUAAUCAAAUGGAACUUUUCAUUGUUGGCAUUUAGUAUUAGCAACUAUCCUCCCUUUAAUCUCUUGUAGUUCUUUAGACAAUUGAUCUCAAGCCUGUAAAAAAGAUAUUUUAAGGACAAACAAAUUUUGGAAAACACUGGCUUUAAUCCAAAGUGAUGAAUCAGCAAUUGCUGUUAUUGAGUGAGGAAAAUGAGGAGGCAAAGAAGCUGCCAAGCCAUCUAAAUGGAGGUCAACAAAUGAUGAAAGGAAAUAUACCACAGGCCAAAGUAAAAACUUUGUCCCAAAUGGCAGUACAGGCCCAUAUAGAGGACAUCAGAGAAAGGGAGGAACCACGUGGGAUGGUUCAUAUAGAACAGAGGAAAGGGAAUAAGUCUCAGUAUGAGAUAGGGAGCAUUCAGCCGCAGCGGGAUGAAAGAGAGGUUCAAAAGAUGCCUAUAGAGGCACAAAAGAUAGAACAAAAUAUGCCAUCUAUAACUGUUGAUGUACAACAGCAGUGGAAUCACAAUGGAACGAUAUCAUCUGUGUCUGUAAAGAUGGUGCAGCAGAAUGUAAAAAAGGAGAUUCUGGCUCCAUGUGUCACUAUGCAGCUAGAAGAGAAGAGUCUAGGAAGAGAAAUGUCACCUGAGAAUAUCCAUUGGCAGUUUUCCAAUGGACCUAAGAAGAUAUCUCCUGUGAAGCAGCAGGCACAACAUGGGGAAGAGGUAAUAGCUGCUGAAAUAAAACAGCAGCAAGCUCAGGAAGGGAGAUGUGUGAUGGAUUCCAAGCGUGUCCAACAAGAGGCGAAGGAUUCCAUUCUAAAAGAAACUUUACCGCAGCAGCUUAGGUGGAACCAGAGCUCAAAGCAGCUAAUGCUGGAAAACCUUUUACAGACAAAGCAAAAAGAAAAUAAAUUAAAGAAAAUCGUCACUGAGAAGAAACUGCAUAAUGAGACCCAAAAUGCAGAAUCAACAAGAACAUUAAGUGCUCAUCUAUGGAAUAAAAAUGAGGAAGAUUCAAAAAAACCCAGUUUAGAGUUGUUACAGAAGAAUGUUUCUGAUCAACAACUAUUUAGUUUAGAUAAAGGAGCACAAAAUAUAUUUGUAGAAGAGAAGGAAUAUGGCCACAAAGAACAAAUAAUCUAUAAGAAACAGAAAAGGGAUGUGCCUAACUACUUUGUUGCAAUACCAAUAACAAAUGACCAGAUUUUAGAUAAAAUUGAAGAUGUCCAAGAAUUUAUAUUUACUCAGGUGCCUAAGCUGCUGAAAGCCCUAGUUCCAAUUGAGACAAUGCAUCUUACCAUUAUUGUAAUUCAUCUGAAAACAGAAGAUGAUAUAAAAAGGGCUAUUUCUGCUCUAGAGCGCAGCAAGGCUGAAAUGCAAGCUCUAUUGCAGAGGGAACUCUUCACCAUGACAUUUCGUGGGAUCGGCCAGUUUAACAACAAAGUGAUUUACGUUAAAAUGUCAGCAGAUGAACAGCAAAUGCUAAGCAAAAUUGCAGGAAUUGUAGCAAACUCCUUUAUGGAAAUGAAUGUUGAUAUCACAAGCAGCAGAGAUUUCAAACCACACCUGACAUUUCUAAAACUCUCCAAAGCUCCUGUGCUGAGACAGAAG